CUCAUACAGAAUAACACAAAUAAUAUUCAUACCCCUCGGCAGCUCAUACAGAAUAACACAUAUAACAUUCCUACCCCUCGGCAGCUCAUACAGAAUGACACAUAUAACAUUCCUACCCCUCGGCAGCUCAUACAGAAUAACACAUAUAACAUUCCUACCCCUCGGCAGCUCAUACAGAAUAACACAUAUAACAUUCCUACCCCUCGGCAGCUCAUGCAGAAUAACACAUACAUCAUUCCUACCCCUCGGCAGCUCAUACAGAAUAACACAUAUAAUAUUCUUACCCCUUGGCAGCUCAUACAGAAUAACACAUAUAAUAUUCCUACCCCUCGGCAGCUCAUACAGAAUAACACAUAUAAUACUCAUACCCUUAG